CUGAGAUGACUCCCCCUCAUGUACGCUCCAUGCUUCCUCAUUAUCAUUACAGCUAACACCCUCAACUAUCUAUCCAACCAUGUCGAGCCCAAAGCCCGCCAUGGUUCGUAUGAGGCAUCUCAGAACCCCGGUGGGGAGGCUUGUCAAUACCAAAAGCGCGGCGAAUACUGAACAAUCUCGAAGCCACAAGAAGACCACUGAGCAGCCUCAAGAAGAUGAAGAGGGGACUACAACACCCACUGGAUUCAUGAGCCUACCCAUCGAGAUCCGUAAGCGUAUCUGGGAGGCAACGUGGCCCAAGCCUCGGGUUAUAGGACAUUGCAGGGCUUGGACUGGGAUCGGCGCAGAACGAAGAACGACCCACUACCUUCGCGCAGUUGGAAGCAUCAAAGAUUACUCCCACCUUGACUACUAUUGGAUCCUUGGCCACGCUAUCAUAGAACCCUGCCCUGACCCAAUGGCCCUACAGAUCUGUCGCGAAUCACGGGAGCACACCCAAAGCACCUACAUCCCAAUGGUAAACAGCACCUUUCGCUUUGGGUCGUUCUACUUCGACCCGCAACGCGAUACAUUACUUUUAUGUUGGGACUUUGAUGAAUGCAUGCCUGAUCUGGUCCUCUCCUACGGGGUCCAGCUGCGCAAAUUUGAAAAGGUCUUGGUCGAUGGGCAUUUUUGGGCCAAAGAAUUUAGCGCUCUCUACGAGGACGUGCUACGGGCAUUCAAACCAGCUACGCCACAGCCGCAGUGGCUAUUCGGUGCUCUCUACGAGAUCUGGGGAAUAGAUCUCGACCCUUGUGGGGUUCGUGCCGCGGUCAAAUUUGUUUCCAAGAUUCUCGAGCGGACUGAACUUUUCCAACAAGCAUACGACCUGCAGAUAUUGCGCGGAAGCACCGAGGAACUGGCUGUAGCGGAGGACUUUGGGAAGAUUGUGGUGGCUGGCGGUGGGGAAGGGGGUGAUGAAAAAAGCCUCGGGGUGACCGGCAAUGAGAUUAGCUUGUACAUCUAUCUGAACUUUUUGCCGUUGUCGGAGGAGAAUGGUACUAGGGUUGAUGCCUUCUAUCUGUGCGAAUGUCCCAGACAUCCUACAGAGGAGUGACCGAUAUGAAGGAGUUUGCUUGCUUGUGGCAUUUGAUGAUCACGAUGAUGACUUUGAUGUUUAUGCG